AUGGAAGAAAGAGGAAUCCAACAGAAACACGAAGAAGAAGAAGAAGAAAUCGUCUGCUUGGAUGCAUCGUUCUUCGUCGAUGACAAUUACCAGCUGACGAAAUUCACGUUCGGUUCUCAAGAUAUUCAGCUUUUCUGUCUGCAUUCUGCUUCCAGGUUCCAAAUCAAGAAACAAGAUAAGCCGAAGGAAAAUGAAUGCAUUGAUAUCAUGAAACAAGGAAACUGUGACGACAAAGUAUCCCAAGAGCUAUAUCGGUAUCUACAGAAUACUAAGCCUCCCAAGCCAAAAAUGAAUACUUUCCCCCUUUUAGUCCCUGAUUUUGAUUUGACAGGGCAGCUGGUGUGGCCUGGAGCCAUGUUGUUGAAUGAUUAUCUUUCAAAAAAUGCUAAGAUGCUUCAGGGUUGCUCUGUAAUUGAGUUAGGUUCUGGUGUUGGUAUUACUGGAAUACUUUGCAGCAGAUUCUGCCAUAAAGUUGUGAUGACAGAUCAUAAUGAAGAAGUUCUGAAGAUCUUGAAGAAAAACAUAGAGCUGCAUUCAUGUUCCGAGAAUAUUAGUUCAAUUUCUCACGAAUUAGUAGCAGAGAAACUAGAAUGGGGGAACACUGCUCAAAUAAAUGAAAUAUUACAAAAGCAUCCUGGAGGUUUUGAUUUCAUACUUGGAGCUGAUAUAUAUAUCCUUUAUCAGUCAAGCAUACCCAUGCUUUUUGGCAGUGUUAAACAGCUCCUGCAGGCUAGAGAAGGCAGAAAGUGCAAAUUCAUUCUAGCCUAUGUAUCAAGAGCUAAGACCAUGGAUUCGAUGAUUAUUAUUGAAGCUUCUAAGCUUCGGAUGCAGAUGAAAGAAGUGUCUGGCACUCGAUGCAUUGUUGGGAAUCUUGAAGGAGUCGUCUUUGAAGUUACUCUUGAAUAA